CGCCGCAGCUACGAUUAUGCUCCGCUGCACCCGAUCCUGGAGGGUCUCCCACGGGGCGCUGCGUCCCGCGCCUCACAGAUGCUCGCGGGUGUCCGUCGCACUCCGCUGCAGGAGCAGCGGCGGUUCAGGAGACGCGGAGCCGAGGCAUCCUCCGCUGCCGCUGUCCUACAGGCUUCUGGAAGGAGAGGCGACACUCCCGGCCAUCGUUUUUCUGCAUGGACUGUUCGGCAGCAAAAACAACUUUACUUCCAUCGCCAAAGCCUUGGCACAGCAGACAGGCCGGAGGGUGCUGACAGUGGAUGCUAGAAAUCAUGGUGACAGUCCCCACAGCCCAGAUGCAAGCUACGAAGCCAUGAGCCAGGACCUGCAAAAUCUCCUGCCACAGCUGGGCCUGGUCCCCUGCGUCCUUGUUGGCCACAGCAUGGGAGGAAAGACAGCCAUGCUACUGGCCCUGCAGAAGCCAGAGGUGGUGGAUCGACUGAUUGCCGUAGACAUCAGCCCAGUGGUGACCACGUCUGUGUCCAACUUUGCCAGCUACAUGGCCGCAAUGAAAGCCGUAGACAUCCCAGAGAAGGUACCCCGCUCCCGUGCCCGGAAAUUGGCUGAUGAACAGCUCAGCUCUGUUAUCCAGGACCCCGCUGUGAGGCAGUUCCUGCUCACUAACUUAGUGGAGGUAGAUGGACGCUUCUCAUGGAGGGUGAACUUGGAUACCUUGGCUCAGCAUGUGGACAAGAUCAUGGCCUUCCCAAGACGGAUGGAAUCAUACUCUGGGCCAACCCUCUUCCUCCUUGGUGGAAACUCUGCGUUUGUGCAGCCCAGUCACCACUCUGAGAUUAAGAGGCUCUUUCCUCGGGCCCAGAUGCAGACGGUACCUAAUGCUGGCCACUGGGUCCAUGCUGACCGCCCCCAGGACUUCAUGGCUGCCAUCCGAGGCUUCUUGGCCUAAGGCGGCUCCUGCAAGAGGGAGCGAGCAAGCCCAGGCUUCCUUUCCCUGCAGCCUACCCCGCGCUUCGGCACCAGACGGACGACUCAGGAGGGCACUGAGGGUGCGGAGGUGGCCAGACCUUCAACUUUAAUGAAUAAAGACAGUGUUCACCAA